UUGCUGGGGGGGUCUACGGUCGGAAGCCUGGCCGCGGCGCGCAGGUCCCGCCUUGCCCUUGAAACCCUUCCUGUGCGGAGCCAUGGCGGCGUUGGCGGCCUUUCUGCGCGGCGCCGUCCGCGGGCGCGGGGCUCUGCUUCGGAGGCCGCUGCAGGAAAUAAGAUACACAGAGCGCAAUUAUGUAUCAAAACCUACUUUGAAUGAAGUGGUUAUAGUCAGUGCUACCAGAACGCCCAUUGGAUCCUUUCUGGGCAGCCUUUCCUCUCUGCCAGCCACCAAGCUUGGUUCUCUUGCAAUCAAGGAAGCUGUUGAAAAAGCAGGGAUCCCAAAGGAAGAAGUGAAAGAGGCAUACAUGGGGAAUGUAAUUCAAGGCGGCCAAGGACAAGCCCCUGCUCGACAAGCAGUACUGGGUGCAGGCCUGCCAAUUUCUACGCCGUGCACCACCGUCAACAAGGUUUGUGCUUCAGGAAUGAAAGCCAUCAUGUUGGCCUCUCAAAAUCUUAUGUGUGGACACCAGGACGUGAUGGUGGCUGGCGGCAUGGAGAGCAUGUCCAAUAUUCCGUACGUGAUGCCGCGGGGAGCAACGCCCUACGGAGGUGUGAAGCUUGAAGAUCUGAUUGUAAAAGAUGGGCUAACUGAUGUCUACAACAAAAUUCACAUGGGUAACUGUGCUGAGAAUACCGCCAAGAAGCUGAGCAUUACCCGAGAGGAACAGGAUGCGUACGCCAUCAGCUCCUACAAGCGAAGCCAAGCAGCCUGGGAAGGUGGGAAGUUUGGAAGUGAAGUCACCCCUGUCACAGUGACAGUAAAAGGUAAACCAGAUACAGUGGUGAAAGAAGAUGAAGAAUAUAAGCGGGUUGACUUCAGUAAAGUUCCAAAGCUAAAGACAGUUUUCCAAAAAGAAAACGGCACCGUGACAGCAGCCAAUGCCAGCACCCUGAAUGACGGAGCAGCUGCUGUGGUCCUGAUGACGGCAGAUGCUGCCAAGAGGCUCAAUGCAAAGCCACUGGCACGGAUUGCAGCAUUUGCUGAUGCUGCUGUAGACCCUAUUGACUUCCCCGUUGCACCUGCCUACGCCGUCCCCAAGGUUCUUAAAAAUGCAGGACUGAAAAAAGAAGACAUUGCAAUGUGGGAAGUAAAUGAAGCCUUUAGUGUGGUUGUACUAGCCAACAUUAAGAUGCUGGAUGUGGAUCCUGAGAAAGUGAAUAUUCAUGGAGGCGCAGUCUCUCUGGGGCACCCAAUUGGGAUGUCUGGAGCCCGGAUUGUCGUUCAUUUGGUCCAUGCCUUGAAGCAAGGUGAAUUUGGUCUUGCCAGUAUUUGCAAUGGAGGAGGAGGCGCUUCUGCUCUACUGAUUGAGAGGCUGUAGAAAAUGUGUAGUGUUUGAGACAACUCUAUGUGAUGGAAAACCCUGCUGAAAUCUACAAUACCCUGGGUUACCAGCUUAUAUUCAUAAUAAGUGAUUUCAUUUUUCAUUAUUUUCUACAUUUUUCAAAGACAGUGAAUCACAUCCUGAAACAUGCUAAAAUUACAAAUAAAUCUUUUCUCCUGUAUGAGUUUAA